GACUCGAUUGACAAAGAAAAUUGGCUUAUGAGGAGGCAAAUAUCUGGCGUGCUCUUGUAAUUGGCAGAUGUAAAGCCAAUGCGAGUGGACGAGGCGGGAUUGUACUGUUUCCGCUAAGGGGGUGUGCACUGGGGAAAGAUACGCAGGAGGGAGAAGCUGGCUGCUGGUGGUGAAGAUGGCGGAUGGAGACAGUGGGAGCGAGCGCGGUGGUAGUAGUGGUGGCGGGGGUGGAGGUAGCAGCGGGUUCCAGCAUUUCCAGAGGGAGCAGGAGACCCAAGAGUUGGCGUCCAAGCGGCUUGAUAUCCAGAACAAGCGCUUCUACUUGGACGUAAAGCAAAACUCGAAGGGCAGGUUCAUCAAGAUCGCCGAGGUGGGAGCCGGGGGUUCCAAAAGCCGCCUGACCCUUUCCAUGUCAGUUGCGGCGGAGUUUCGCGACUACCUGGGUGAUUUCAUUGAGCACUACGCCCAGCUUGGGCCCAGCAGUCCCGAGCAGAUCGCACAGUCCUCCGGGGGUGAAGAUGGUGGGCCUCGGCGGGCCUUGAAAAGCGAGUUCUUGGUCCGAGAGAACCGAAAAUACUACCUCGAUCUGAAGGAGAACCAGCGGGGGAGGUUUCUCCGGAUCCGACAGACCGUCAACCGUGGGCCCGGGUUUGGAGUUGGAGGCCCUGGAAGUGGUAUGCAGUCCGGCCAGACAAUCGCCCUCCCUGCUCAGGGCUUGAUAGAGUUUCGAGAUGCCCUGGCCAAGCUGAUAGAUGAUUAUGGCGGGGACGACGACGAGCUGACCGGCGGCGCAGCAGCCGGGGGAUAUGGCGAACUUCCUGAGGGCACAUCCAUCAUGGUGGACUCUAAACGAUUCUUUUUUGACGUCGGGUCUAACAAAUAUGGGGUGUUCCUGAGAGUGAGUGAGGUAAAGCCAAGCUACCGGAACUCAAUUACUAUCCCCUUCAAAGCGUGGGGAAAGUUCGGAGGGGCAUUCUGUCGCUACGCUGAGGAGAUGAAAGAGAUCCAGGAGAGACAGAGGGAUAAAAUGUACGAGAGAAGAGAAGAAUCUGAAGGCGAGGAUGUGGAUGACGACUGAUUCGUUUUAAAAGCUGAUUAAUUUAAAAAGCCGUGAGAUCCAUAAUAAUAUAGCCAACGUUGCAAAGCAGAAAUAAGACGGAUAUUACGCGCAUGACGAAUCGAACAUUGAUCCUAAAUUAUCGUGGAUUAAAGUAGGCCUACACAUGACAGGGAAAUAUUGUCGUUUUAGUGACCAGAUUAUUGUCCAAAACGGGUUGGGAGUGGUUAUAUUAGAAAAACGUAACCAUUACUAGCCAGUGAGUAACGAAUGUCAUGGGCAAAUAAAAAGAAAAAUACUUUAGCCAGAACUAAGGAACCCCUUCUCCACUGAAAACCGGCAAGUGGGUUCCAAUAACCCUAUAUAUAUAUAUAUAUAUAUAUAUAGGGUUCCUUUAUAUAUAUAUAUAUUCCUUUACUCAUUUUAUAAAUUAAAGUAGUAAAGGAAUAACUCCGCCUGGACAUUACUCCCUACCAUGAUUUGAAUUGCUAUAUAGCUAGGCUAGUUAUUUGUAAAACUCCGAAACUUUCCAGGUUUCCUCUGAAAACCAGCAUCCAUUGUAUUACUGUUUGAUUAUAGUCUUGCCCCUGCUGGCGGUGUGGGAAUUGUAGUAAGUCGAUAAAACGGCCCUUUAAUGGAAGAUUAUAGAUUCUUUAAGUGGGGUUGAUAACAGGAUAAAUUGAUACCGAACGCGAGAGAACUAAAUGUAGAUGCGUAUUAAAAAGCUGUUACUUGCAUUCAGAUUUUGUAGCGACGGUACAGAAAGACAUCAAAGGGCGAAGUGGGUGUGGACACUUUCUGAACUGACCAACGGCCUGAUGAGACUUUUAGCUUGCUAACUUGGUUAUGACAUUUUUAAAUUUUAUUUUCUCGAUAGCUCACGGUCCCCCAAAGUAUGAAGAUUUAUUGUGCGGAGGGGGUGGGGCAUUUCGGCUCUCGUUCCAUAGCCAUAAUAUUCAGUUUGCAGCCCAGGAUUUAUUUGAAACCAGGAACUAUGUAGUAGAUUAAGCGUAGAAGCCUGGUUCGACCAACUGCCACAACUACAAAAGAUGUCUGCAAAGUCCAGGCGUUAAUCGAGAAAAAUGUGUUGAAGUCGUCUUGAAAUCGUGUAAACGUAAAAGAAUCACUGACUGGAUGGAUAAUCAUGCACGUCUGGCUCUACGAGUUUCAGCGUCGCUGUUGCACGGGUAGUGGCUCUCCUUUGCUUCUGCAGUUUAUAAGAACUUACUAUUGGAAUUAUUUUUUUAACAUCAAAAGGGAGCCACCUUUGGAGGCGUCGGCUCUACAGCUAAUGUGGACCUUAACUGAUAAGGUAACAUCAGUCAUUCUUUUACUACUAGAUGUUUAAAGACUGAUCAAUUGAGUUAAUGGAAUCUGAAGUUUGGAUCGAACACACGCGUGUGCUUCUGGACAGAAAUGCAUGGAUGGUGGUUAGAAAACGAUUGAAAGAAGAUUAUUCUUUAAAAUACUGAGCAAGCCAGCAUAAAAUAUUUUUAAAUACAUAAAUGGAAGAUAUAUAUGAAUUACAGUAUUAAAAAUGGUUGUAUAGCAGGCUUCUUUCAUAUGCUGAGCUGGAGUGCAGAAGAUUUGUCCUGGACAAUGUUUUCUGUUUUUCUUUAAUAUUUUCAUUUGUUACCUAGAAAGAAUGGCAGAGUAUUACACCUCUAUAAUUAAAGUAAAACGUAUAUAUAUAUAUAUAAACACACAAAUAUGUUGACUGUAUACUUUAGGUACAUUAGAUUCCUUUUUACCUGUUCACUCCAAUCUUCCCGAAAAGCUUUAUCAUUGUUAUUUUUUAACUGCAUUUAGAAAUGAAAUUUGUUGUUAAUUUCAAGUUAUUCAUGCAUUUGAGUUUUCACAAGAUUUAACGGGGAGAUGCCCAGAUCUGUGUCCAGUUGUCCUUCAUGGUUUAAAGCUUGCAUGCCUGCUUUGGUCUGGAGCGGACUUGUGUUCAUUUAUUGCAUAUUCUGAUUUACUGUAUGAUGGUAUUGAUAAACUCUAUACAUGAGGAUUUAGCUUCCUUUUUAAUUUUGUAAAAAAAUAUAUAUAUUAAGUAUAUAUAUUUUGAAAACUAGUGGAAAAGCAACAAAAAGUAUUCCUGGCAACAUCCUCAUCUCUUGGAGUGCCUAGCUCUUUUUUACCCAUGGUGUACUGGGCGAUUUUGAGAAGUUUUUUUUUUCCUGUUACUUCAUUGAUAGCAGAAUUUAAAGUAAUCUAGUAAACCAAUGGCUUUCUGACACAGGUUAGAAUGUGUAAGUGUUGAUUUCUUUGCCAUGUGUCAUUGUUGCACUUUAAAAGAAACAAAAAAGAAAACAAAAAAAAAAUUCUAAAUCUUGCAGUUCAUUUAGCUUGUCGUGAUUUCUAAUUCUUUUAAUUCUGCUGUUCUUCACAGAAAAAAAUGUCAUAAAACUUAUGGGAUCAAUAGUGUUUUUGUUUUUUUAAUUAAUUUUUGGCACACUCAUACUGACCUGUAAAUAUGAGUUGACUACAUCCUCAUUCCUGUACUGUUAAGUGGCAGCUGUUCCAGUUGUGUGUUCUGUUGUUUCUGUCAAGUCCCUUUUCAGUAACAAAUAGAAAUUCUUUGCUGAGGAAGAGCUUCUAACAGCCAACAGCAGAAGAAUUAGAUGCGCUUAGGCACAAGAGGUCAGAAAAUCCUGAAUCGAAUGAUAGAGAAGGUGCAAAAUAGUUUGGUAGCAAGGCGAAACCGCCUACUGCCAUCUGCAAAAUGGGCACAGUUGGAGCCGGCAUGGCUGCCAGGGGUCACUACAUUUUAAUUUGUUUUUGUUUUUUUUUCGUCUGCCUCUAUAGCAUCAUCUUCCAUGCCCGUCCACAUGAAUUGCCUGCCUGGAACAGACCUUUUUAUAUAGAUCUACUAUCAAAGCAGCUGGGAGGACAGGGCUGCGACCUGACCACUGUAGUCUCUACUGUGCAGGGCAUGGGGUGGGCGUACCUCCUCCUGUGACCUAGUGGUAGACGAAUCAUCUGUGUUUUUCUUCACUCCUGUGGGCUGUGAGACACAAGGGCUUGAUUUUUGGGAACAACCAGAAAUAAAAAGGAAAAGAACACUUUACACAACACACAAGCACAACACACAAGUUUUGUUACAGUUUAUGGUGACAUAUUACCAAACUGCUGAACUCUCUUUGUGGAGAGAUGUUGAAAAUUCAUGAAAGAAACAUGUAGUCAACAUGCAAACCACACAGCUGUUAAAGAAGCCAGAAUGCUAAGGCAUCACUGUAAUCUUACAAUUUUUAGAGACAAGUAGGCGAGCUUACUAUAACCUGGUCAAUAAUGACAGAAGAUAAGUACAAUACGUCCUGUAACUGGCCCUUUAUAAUACCUUGAUAAAGGUCUGUUAGUUGACUGACUGAUGGGUUGUGGGGGAAAUUAGUUUGUCCUUAUUUUACUGCUGUGUGUUUAAAGUUCUCCAUCUCCCAGUCACAGGGAAGAGUGUGUGCAAACCUCUGGCGGAAAUCGGAGAGCAAAUUCUCUUUUGAAUAGGUGUGCGGGUUUUGUGCGGUGUGUGGGUGUAUUCUGACAUUUGGGGCUCAAUGAAUGGACGGAUUCGACGCUGGUUAGGUCCAGAGGCAUGCUGGAAGACUGCAGGAGCGGAAGAGUGAGGUGAAAACGUGAUGUGGGCUAGCUUCUGCGGCUGGUGCAAGGACUCUCACACACCCCCAUCCCCCCUUCAGCUGUUGUCCAGACUGAAGAGCCUGUUUAUUUGAUGGGAUGCUUUUCAGAAGUUUGAUGAGCAAGACCACAUAAACACCUUUUUUUUCUUUUUUUUUACCCUGGAGAGGGGGAGUGAAUCUGAGCCUAAUUGCAAACUGAAAUGGAUACGAUAGUGGAGCAAAAAUGUGAUGUGCAGUUUUGUGUCUUGGGUGGUCUGUAGGUGCAGCUUCUCAAAAUGUUUUUUUCUUUAUUUUUUAUCUCCACAAUGGUCUACAUCUUCAUGUGUGGACAGAUAGAGGUGAUACAGGGAUGUUGGUGGGGAGGGUAUGUUUCCCAGGCCCCAACCUGAGUAUCUGCACAACUGAGUCUGUUUUUUAGGGAGAGUUGGUGUCGUGCAUGUUGACCUCUGGGCCAGAAAAUGUGGGAGUCAGCCAUGUUUCUGUCCGACAAAACAGCUGUGAACAGACGGGCAGACAAUUAGGAGGAGUUGCGCCCUAUCUUCUACAAAAGUGGAGGGAUUUGUGCAAGCGCAAUUGGGCCUUACCAACUUGGCACCAUAGUUCAAUAAAGCUACAUAUCAUGAGAGGUCGAGGAUGUCCCAGUAUUCAUAAGAACAUACCGAUAUGUAAUGACAAGAUCUGGCCAUUCAGCCCAUCUCAAAUUGUGCCUACAUGUUCAAAGUAAAACAUUUAAAAAAAUUAUUUAUUAUUAAUAAUCAAUUUUUGCCCAUCAUCUGCAGAACAGCUGUUGAAGUGGUCAGCUUUUGUCUCCCUAAUGUAAUUUCUGUCUUAGUCUUAUCUGUUUGCAUUCAGUAUUGGACAGGCUUGUUUAGAUAUUGAUUCUUUCUUUAAGAAGCAGUAGAGUGUAGGGCUUUCUUGCUCUUCCUGUCUUAAAAGAAACUGCACAAAAAAAUAAUUGUUGCCCUGUUCCCAUCAUGCACCUCACCCAACAUUAGAAAUGAUGAUCUGCACUUAACGUUUAUUCCAGUUGUUACCUGUCAUAAUAAAUCGAUUCUCAGCAGGGAACAGGUGCAGGAGCCAGGUGUCCGGUGACACGUUGGGGUGCAGGUGUGGGUGGGAGUGAUGAGGGAGGGGGGUGGGGGUUUGUGUUGCACCAAAUUUGAGAGUUUCUGAAGGAGCUCUCUUUCCCUGUCCCAGAGGAAACGGGGAUUUCCAGGGCUCCACGUGAGUUGUGUUUGAGCGUAGAUGCACUGUCUGUGUCCUACAGCAGCACCAGAGCUUCAUACAGCUUCCUGGAGGGUUGGAUGCACAAAGGGCAAAGAUGGUUGAAAGGUGGUUAUUCAGAGGGUCAUUUAGAAAGUAAGUCGGUCUUUGGUGAGGCUUUAGAGUGAAAGUUGUGGAGGAAGGUGGGGGAGCGGUACUGAAGGAUUGUUUUGGGGGACUGUUUUGGGUGUGGGUGUGUGGGUCGGGUGGGGCAUGGUCUGUGCUUUCAGUUAGCAUGCUCAGCCUUUCCCCAGUUCUGAUGUCACGCAUGCCUUUGGGUCGAAAGCCCAGCUGAAGGCACAGUUUUUUGGCGAGCCCUGUAGGACAGGGGUAGAAAAGAGGUGUGGCUUCGGAGGGGCGACCUCACUGAACGGGCAGAGGAAAGAGGCUGCGAGAGUCACAGAGCGGAAGCCGGAGACCAGCUUUGCAUGGGGUGGGUAGGGGGGUGGGGAGGGGUCACAGGUCUCUGCCCCUCUGCGUUUGCUGCACUUCACUCUCAACCAGCGGAACUAUUUUGGGCACGGUGGCUCCGAGCUUCAGGGUUUCCCUCCGGAUCCUUUUUCAGAGCCGGCUGGCGUACGGGCUCUGCUGCAGAGCGACAAAAAACGACAAAAGAGGAGGAGGACCGUUCUGUUCUUCUCACUCUGGGGAGCUGUCGGUUGACUGGGCCAUGAGUAGUUUGGGGUGGAGCCAGGCUGAUAGUGGGUUUGAGAAGGGAACUGUGUAACACCAGCAAUGUGUGGACUACAUGGAUACACCGUACCAUUGCACACACACACACACACGCGCACGCAUAUACUAGCUAGGUAUGAGUUAAAAUCAAAUUCACUUGCCUUCUUGUGUAUUUAACUCCCAAGGUCAAGUUUCGCCUCACUUUUAGCCAGGUUUGGGGUCAGUUCCAAUUCAAUUAGGUCAAUUCGGGAAAUGUAUUGAAAUUCCAAUUAAUUAACCAAAAAAAAGAACAACCUCAAAGACCUCCGCGGACAUAAUUAAUUUCCCAAAUGCUGAAUUCAAAUUGAAUCAACAACUGACCACAGCACUGGCUUGUAGCACACCAGUCGUAUCCAUAUGUGGGGGUGGGGGUGGUAGUUAACUUGAGAAUUUGGUAGGCCAUCCCAGCCCAGGGUCUGCGCACAGCUCACAGGAUGUCCGCAAUAGGACUGUGCCCCAUUGGGCAGGACAGUGACGAGGGCCCGCCCCUCAGAUUGAGCCUGCCCACAGUGCACCGUGCGUGCUGGUCCUUUUUACAGACUUUUCUUUUUUUUUAAAUGGAGUUUUACAAGUCUAUAUUUAGAAAAUGUAAUGUAAUGUUUGUAUCAAAAAAUAAAAUAAAAAUAAAGAAACCUAUAACUAAUGAAAACUACAA